GUACCUUCCCGUUCCUCACAACGGCUUCUGAUCGCGGUUUGGUUAAUUGGUUGUUUUGUAACCAUGACAGCAUUCAGUGGACAGUUAAUUUCAAAACUAACGUUGAGAAAAGCCACAGACAGGAUUGAUAGUUUGGAGGAUCUUCUGGAUCGACCACAUGUAACUCCCGUCAUUGAAAGAGGAGGUUUCUUCGAGUCGGUUAUAAAGAAUAAAGAGAGUGGAAUAUACAAACGAUUUUGGGAUGUUUUGUCCAAGUAUCCAGAGAAUCGAAAGCCAAUGAGAGAGAUGUUAACAGAUGAGAUGAUAGAUAAAAUAGAAGCCAGAACACAUGCUAUUUCGCUACAGUCCAUAACCCUGAGGUCGAGAAUAAACACCCGUUUUAACGAUAAAGGAUCAUGUUCCUUAUACAUUGCUAAAAAGCAGUUUUUUCCCAAGACAACCGUUGCCGCUAUGAGGAGAGGUCUUCCAAAGAUUUUGAAGACUCAGAUAAAGCAAAAAAUCUCCAUAGCGGUAGACAACGAUCUGUUUGGAUACUGGAUCGAGAUGAUGAUGAGAAACUACAAAAGGUGUAUCACACCUCUUCCGUCCACUUUUCGUCCACUCGCGGUGGAAGACCUUCGAGAUCCCAUAUUUCAGAGGAUAUUUCCAAUCCGACAAUCCAGUUGCAACACCAGUAUGGCCUAUUCCUUCCCUCUCAGAAACACGCCUAGUCAAGCACGACAUAUCAGGGUUGUAGCGGAGGAGUGGCUACCUUUUGUGAAGGUGGAUAAGAUUGGGGCGUGUCUGGCGGUCAGAGGUCCAAUGGCGGAAAUCCUUCAUUUUAUAGCCACAAACUUGAAUUUUAGCUACACCGUUAUUCAGCCUGAAGACCACCAGUGGGGGUCCAAGAAAUCUGACGGUACUUGGAGUGGAAUGAUUGGUUUGCUGCACCGGAAGCCUGAAGACCACCAGUGGGGGUCCAAGAAAUCUAACGGUACUUGGAGUGGAAUGAUUGGUUUGCUGCACCGGAAGGAGGCAGAGUUCCUUGUGACCCCUGCCUCAGCCAACCUUCACAGACUUGAGGUAGCGGACUUUACAGUACCUUUAACGAUUGACUCGCAAGGCUUGUUGGUAGCUAGUCCAGCUGAGGAGAACAAUGCUUUUGGGUUCUUCUUCUCCUUGAACUGGGAGGUCUGGCUCACACUACUGGUCAGCAUGAGUUGUCUGUCGGCUGUCAGCUGGAUUUUUGAACUUGUUAAAGAGACACAACUCCCUGAAGAGGAGACAACUGGAGUCUUAGAACAAUGGUGGAACUUCUGUAUUUGUAUUUUACUACAAGGUUUUGAAAACGUGCCUUCCCGUUCCUCACAACGGAUUCUGAUCGCGGUUUGGUUAGUUGGUUGUUUUGUAACCAUGACAGCAUUCAGUGGACAGUUAAUUUCAAAACUGACGUUGAGAAAAGCCACAGACAGGAUUGAUAGUUUGGAGGAUCUUCUGGAUCGACCACAAGUUACUCCCGUCAUUGAAAGAGGAAGUUUCUUAGAGUCGGUUAUAAAGAAAGAAGACCAAGGGGUGUACAAGCGACUUUGGGAUGUCGUAUCUACGAAUCCAGAGCAUAGACAACCAGUGAGAGAAUUGUUAAGCGAAGAAAUGAUUGAUAAAGUAGAAGCGAGGACACAUGCUGUUUCUCUACAGUCUAUAACCAUGAGGGCGGUGAUUCACAAUCGUUUUAACAAAAACGGAUAUUGUACUCUGUACAUGGCUAAAAAGAAAUUUCUAACCAAGACUACGGUAGCAGUCAUGAGGAAAGAUCUUCCAACGGUUUUGAAGACUCGGAUAAAGCAAAAAAUCUCCAUGGCGGUAGACAACGAUCUGUUUGGAUACUGGAUCGAGAUGAUGAUGAGAAACUACGAAAGAUGUGCCACACCUCUUCCGUCCACUUUUCGUCCACUCGCGGUGGAAGACCUUCGAGGUGCUUUCUAUUGUCUGUCUACCGGAUUAGGUUUAUCAAUACUCUUUUUUAUUAUAGAAUCGCGUGUUUACUUGAAAAUAACAAAGCAAAGAGCCAAGGCUGGUAGGGUUAAGCCUUGAAGGUAAUCUGUGUUGAAUAAGGUCUUAUGAUAAACUCCUCACACCGCUGUUAGAUGGCGCAGCACUUAGAGUUUUAAAACUAGAU